AUGAGGGAAAUCGUCCAUAUCCAGUUGGGCCAGUGUGGCAACCAGAUUGGUAACCAGUGCAGAAAUCAUAGCGAAGCGAAUGCAGCUGCGGGGCAGCCUUUCUGGGAGGUGAUCAGUGACGAGCACGGCAUUGAUGCCACUGGGUCUUACAAUGGCGACAGUCACCUGCAGCUGGACAGGAUCAACAUCUACUACAACGAAGCCACUGGGGGCAAAUAUGUACCUCGUGCUAUACUGGUGGAUCUGGAGCCUGGGACUAUGGACUCUGUGAGGUCUGGGCCGUUUGGCCAAGUGUUCAGGCCUGACAACUUUGUGUUUGGUCAAAGCGGAGCGGGAAAAAAUUGGGCCAAGGGCCACUACACGGAGGGAGCGGAGCUGGCGGAUCCGGUUCUGGACGUGGUCCGUAAGGAGGCGGAGAGCUGCGACUGUCUGCAGGGUUUCCAGCUCACUCACUCCCUGGGCGGAGGCACAGGCUCGGGUAUGGGCACUCUGCUCAUCAGAAAGAUCCGCGAAGAAUACCCUGACCGCAUCAUGAACACGUUCAGCGUGGUGCCUUCUCCCAAAGUGUCGGACACGGUGGUGGAGCCGUACAACGCCACUCUGUCAAUGCGCCAGCUGGUGGAGAACACAGACAUGAUCUACUGCAUCAACAACGAGGCUCUGUUCAACAUCUGCUUCCGGACGCGGAAGCUGACCAGGCCCACGGGGAGCCAGCAGUACAGGGCCCUGACGGUCCCCGAGCUGACGCAGCAGAUGUUUGACUCCAAGAACAUGAUGGCGGCGUGCGACCCGCGUCACGGGCGCUACUUGAGGGUGGGUGGGCUGUGGCUAAAUCCAAAGUGGCCCUACAUGGGAGCUUCACCUGAUGCACUUGUUUCUUGUGACUGCCACGGAACUGGGGUUUGUGAGAUAAAGUGUCCAGAGAGCAAACAGCAUGAGAUCUCAGAUGUAUCACAUUUCAUAGACUCCUGCAUCCUUGUGAUGCUGGAGACUCAGCUGCCCCCAGUGGUCAGAGAGAGCAGUGCAGGUGGCUCAGCAGGUGUGGCUGAUGCUGCAGACUCAGAGCACCUGCUGCGGUUUGACCCCCUCUCCCUCCAUCUCCUCUUUCUCAACAGCUGCACGUCAUGUCCAUCCUCAGAGUUCCGGAUCAGGUUACCCAGGACCCCCCCAGGCCAAGUCCGAGACUGCAUCUGUACCCUGGACUUCCCCAGCGAGCCCCGCCCCCUUGCACAGGCUCCCAAUGAAGACGUCAAAAAUGCACUGAUUUUUGGCUUCGACACUCCUCCAAUCACCCGAGCCUCCUGCGAUGAUCCCGAGUCCAUGGUGAAGGGGAUGAAGGGAUACCAGCUAACACAGGGAGACCUGGACUUCAUGCUCUCCGUCAAGAAGGAGAAGGAACUCGCCCAACUCCAGGAGGAGCUGGAGGCCUCGCAGUCGAAGCUGACACAACUGGAGCUCGCUCUAGUCGCCACAGAGAGACUACUUCAUCUGUUAGCGGAUCCCUGUCCUGAUGUGAGGCAGAGGUGUAUGGUGGUCCUGGAGGCGCUCUCUCCCUCCACAGACCUGUCUGAGUCGGACCGAAAGGAGCUGGUCACCUUUGUCCUCGCCCACGAACACGCCGCCGCCACCUCACCGUCCAGGCAGGAGGAGCGGGCGAUCCGGCAGCUGUGGCAGAAGCUGAAGAAGAGGUUCCACAGUGGAACAGUCCUCUCCGGCCCCAACCAAACCUCCACCGAGAAAAGGAAGGGGCAGCAAGAGGAAAAAAAGUGUGGACGCAGGACCUAUAGCAGAGACAGGACCCCGGGCAAAGAGGGGACCCCGGGCAAAGACGGGACCCCGGGCAAAGACGGGACCCCGGGCAAAGACGGGACCCCGGGCGGAUUCGCGACCCCGGGCGGAUUCGCGACCCCGGGCGGAUUCGCAACCCCGGGCGGAUUCGGGACCCCGGGCGGAUUCGGGACCCCAGGCGGACGCAGGACCCCAGGCGGAUGCAGGACCCCGGGCAGACGCAGGACCCCGGGCGGAGACGGGAUCCCGGGCGGAGACGGGACCCCGGGCAGAGACGGGACCCCGGGCAGAGACGGGACCCCGGGCAAAGACGGGACCCCGGGCAAAGACGGGACCCCGGGCAAAGACGGGACCCCGGGCAAAGACGGGACCCCGGGCAAAGACGGGACCCCGGGCGGAUUCGCGACCCCGGGCGGAUUCGCGACCCCGGGCGGAUUCGCGACCCCGGGCGGAUUCGCAACCCCGGGCGGAUUCGGGACCCCGGGCGGACUCGGGACCCCAGGCGGACGCAGGACCCCAGGCGGACGCAGGACCCCGGGCAGACGCAGGACCCCGGGCGGAGACGGGACCCCGGGCAGAGACGGGACCCCGGGCAGAGACGGGACCCCGGGCAGAGACGGGACCCCGGGCAAAGACGGGACCCCGGGCAGAGACGGGACCCCGGGCAGAGACGGGACCCCGGGCAGAGACGGGACCCCGGGCAGAGACGGGACCCCGGGCAGAGACGGGACCCCGGGCAGAGACGGGACCCCGGGCGGAUUCGGGACCCCGGGCGGACGCAGGACCUAUAGCAGAGACCAGAACCUGGGCAGAGACCAGACCCCGGGCGGACUCGGGACCCCGGGCGGACUCGGGACCCCGGGCGGACUCGGGACCCCGGGCGGACUCGGGACCCCGGGCGGACUCGGGACCCCGGGCGGACUCGGGACCCCGGGCGGAGACCAGACCCCGGGCGGAGACCAGACCCCGGGCGGACGCAGGACCUAUAGCAGAGACCAGACCCCGGGCGGAGACCAGACCCCGGGCGGAGACCAGACCCCGGGCGGACGCAGGACCCCAGGGGAAUUCGGGACCCCGGGCGGAGACGAGACCCCGGGCGGAGACGAGACCCCGGGCGGACGCAGGACCUAUAGCAGAGACCAGACCCCGGGCGGAGACCAGACCCCGGGCGGACUCGGGACCCCGGGCGGACACGGGACCCCGGGCGGACUCGGGACCCCGGGCGGACUCGGGACCCCGGGCGGACACGGGACCCCGGGCGGACUCGGGACCCCGGGCGGACUCGGGACCCCGGGCGGACUCGGGACCCCGGGCGGACUCGGGACCCCGGGCGGACUCGGGACCCCGGGCGGAGACCAGACCCCGGGCGGAGACCAGACCCCGGGCGGAGACGAGACCCCGGGCAGACGCAGGACCCCGGGCAGAAACGGGACCCCGGGCAAAGACGGGACCCCGGGCAAAGACGGGACCCCAGGCAGAUUUGGGACCCCGGGCGGACGCAGGACCCCGGGGGAAUUCGGGACCCCGGGCGAAUUCGGGACCCCGGGCGGAGACGAGACCCCGGGCGGACGCAGGACCUAUAGCAGAGACCAGACCCCGGGCGGACUCGGGACCCCGGGCGGACUCGGGACCCCGGGCGGACUCGGGACCCCGGGCGGACUCGGGACCCCGGGCGGACUCGGGACCCCGGGCGGACACGGGACCCCGGGCGGACACGGGACCCCGGGCGGACUCUAUCUCAGUGGCAGUACCAUCUCGCAGCUGCAGAAAAGCCCCAGUUAG